AAUUGUCUCCCUUGUUACAGCUUGAUUUUUAAAGGACCUUAAUGUUUCUAUCAUUAUUUUGUAUUGAAUUGCCUAUUAUUAUUAGGACCCCUGUUAUCGUCAACAUGAUAGAAAGUGACAUUGAAUAAAGAAGAAUCACACCAUGUUCGUACCGAUUGUUCGAUUUUAUUGUAUGUAUUUGUCAGUGUUGUUCGCUGUAAGAUGUCAACCUCAGGUAGAUUUAGACGCGCCCAUUGACUUGAGACCUCCCUCUCCUGCAAGUAAGUCCACCGUUGUCAUUGUUAAUAACAAGAAAGAAGCAAGACUUCCCCUCUUUGUUCCACGUGCAGCUCUCGGCAACUCACGAGAUGCCCUCGACGAACGAGAAAGACCAAACCUUGUUCCAUCGAAGUAUCCAGACAUCAGCCACAGCGAAUCAGCAAACAGAUUCAAUGACAAUGAAAGGUUCAGUCACUAUUCCACUGACAAUUUUGGAACCGACCAGGUUCAUUAUCCUGUGAGGGAUGAGCCUCGACGUAGGUCAGACAGUCUUGAUUCUCGCGACUCGAACCGGAGACCCGACCACUUCAGACCUCUUACCUCGAGUGAUUUUAAGUCAGAAAAAUAUCAAUAUUCUCAAAAAAGUAACGGUAAGUUUGAGUUGCCUCCAGAUCGGAGGUUGAUUUCUACUAGAUAUAGAGAGUCUAUUAUUAGAGAUGAAGCGAAAAACGUGCAAUGGCAGGACGAUCAGCGAAAUGCAAGAUACGGGGUUCGACGUGGCCACAAGAAUGGACGCAAACCUCCAAUACUGAUAUUCGAAGAAGUACCAGUUUACGUUCAGGUUCAUCCUGAAGAGAAAAAUGAAAAGGGAAAGCCGCCCUUGGAUUAUUAUUAUGAAGCACCAAAUCGUCCGACUGCACCUGAAACUUAUAACAUAGACCGAAGACCUGACAGAUUUUCCGAAAAAGAGAAUUCUCCACCUGUACAAGAAAAUGAUCAUUCUUCGGUGUAUAGCAAAGAUAGUAUUUACACAACCGAUCCUAUCGAACAUCAUUCAGCGAAGAAAGAAGAUCAUUUUUAUAACGAUGACGAUUUGCGAAAGCGUCCUUCGCAGAAUAUUAACACAGACGAAUCUUUGAAUAACGAACCUCCGCUGCAGCAACAGCUACCCCCGGAAGUGGUACAUAAUGUUGUAUAUGAAACCUUCCCCGCUUCAGGCCCUUCCAUAGUCUAUGAUCCCCAAAGUCAUUUCUCAGAGCAUACUGGGCCUUUGAGUACUCCGGAUUUGUCACUUCAACGUCGCUUGCAAGCGGCGGCAGCUGCAGAGGCCUUGGCAAUAGGUGUUUUGCAGCAAAGGGCUGCUGCAGGAUUGGCUCUAAACCAAAGACUACGUGAAAUCGCAGCCAUCAGAGGUCUCCAGCAAGCGAUUGCUGCUGCCCAGUUCGGUAGAAGUGGAUCUGUUGCUGGGAGAUCGCAACUGAGCGAUACCCAUCCUCUUGACUCGCAUUCCAACGACGAAACAUCCUUUAAAAUUGACAGCGGAGAAGCUCGUGAAAUCCCUGAAAAAAUAUUCUCCAGUGAUUUCAGUGAUACUAUUUCAAACCAAAUCAAGAAGCAUGGUCAAAUUUCAGAAAAAGAUGCAUCUAGUUCACCUCAAGAAGCAGAUUUUGCUACUCGUCUUCACUUCGUAAGGUCGUUCUUAUCGCAAUCCAAGCCAGAAUUUGACAGCUCGAAGUAUACAAGCUUGACUGGGUUGGCAAAUGAUGCUUCAACCUCUCAGUCUAAUUUUGGCGACGACACUAAAUUUGCUGAAUUUCUUCUUGCACUGCCUGACGAAAAAUUCAGGGGCCUGAUGAACAUGUCAAAGCAGCAAUUCUUGGAGACAAUCAUGACUAACGGUGCGGACAGACCGGAUACAGUAUUCUCUGGAGUCUUUUCUACACCUCCUCCUCUCGACCGCAGCGUAUCGGAUCAGUUCAAUUUCAAAAGUUCUACGACUUCGCCGUUAAAUUUCUCUCCUCUACCUGUGUCCACCGAGUCGUCAAUUUCCCCCACCAGUCACUCGGCAUUUAUUUCUGGAGUUUCUAGCUCGCCUAGUCUAUUCACCAUUCCUGUUGGAGGUCAGGAAAACCACAAAAGUUCGAAAUUUUCUAGUCAUGAUUCGCUGACGUCAUCUCCUGUCGGCGACCUCACGAAUUCGGGGUCAUCAGACUUAAAAGGUCCGGUAUCUACUAUCUACCGUCACCAGACCUCGUCCAUCAAGCCUGCCCCGCACGGGAGGUCGCCAUCUCCUGAGUCUGAAAAGAUCGGACCAGUCGUGAACCACCACGGCACUGCACAAAGCGAUAUCAGUCCGUUAACUGACGCUAGCGUGUCAUCGUACAGCUCCCCUCAGCCUCCGUAUCCACAGUCGCAUUAUGGCAGCUUCAGGCCAAACAUUCCCAACUUUUCUCACUUUGAACCUAAAUUUGAUAGCUCUGAAAUUGAAAAGGCUUCUUUCGCUUCAUUUUUGAAUAAUUUGCAGAAACAUAAUUCGAACGACAAAAAAGAAUCCGUAACUGCAUCUCCAUUUGUCAUUCCAACCGAACUUUCGCCACCUGAUCGUGACAGCUUUGAUUUCUCACCCCAUUUUUUUAGUGAAUUCCCUUCAGUCAAUUCAGAAAGAAAAUUUCAGUCACCCACGUCCAAACCAUCACUCUCCGGAGCGAACCAGCAUCCUUUCACACUCAAUCCUCAGAUUGUAAAUUCGGUAACGCGUGAUUUCAAGCACGAGCAGCCAUUUUACACAACCAUCAGCCCUGUCUUCCACUCCACUUCAUCAAAUCCUAGAACCAUGGAAAACCCGCUCUCUAGUAAUAAGAACGACGACCCUCGACCGUCUUUUACUGACGUCGAAAACUUAACGCUGGACAACGUGAUUCGAAAUGUCGUUGGUCGACCCUUGAUCCAGGGACUCGGAGCUUUGGAGCCCAGGUUUCCGUUUGAUCGGCUGCAGGAGCCCGAGGUUCAGCACGCAAGUCUCGUGAACAGCUUCAAUACGCAGCCUGGAACUGACCACAACGAUGAUAACCACACUCUUACCCCGCUCGAAAAAAGGAAGGGCAACGCCACUGCACUGGAAACGAUCGUCGAAGUUUCCUCGGAGAGAGACGCAGUGCACAUCACCCCACACGACAUCCAAUACCAGGAAAUACCGUCCGUCGUGAGCGAUCGGAGAGAGACGCAGUGCACAUCAUCCCACACGACAUCCAAUACCAGGAAAUACCGUCCGUCAGAGUUAGUGGGAGAUGCUGAGGCAAACUCGGAUAUAUUUCGUGACUCAAACAACACCUUGCGGCAAACACCCGUACCUCAAAAUUCGGAGCCGGAUCCUUUCAAUGGACGAGCCUCUCCUCAACCUCAAAGAGUGGAUGUUUCUGGUUCUCUUCCCAUUGGUCUCAAUGUCGCUGGUGGCAACAUUUCUGCAGUGGGGCAGGAGUUGGCGAUGGCGACGUCGGUGGAGGAGUUGAUCAGACGUUUGCCUGCCCACCUACGCAAGGCUCCUCCACCCGAGGCGGAACAAGUGGCGGCCAAGUUCAAGGCAGAAGUUAACGAGAUGUGGACGGCGCUCGCCGGCGUGCUGCUGCCAACCGUCAGCGUGCAGGAGGCGGCCAUGCAACUGCCGACGCUCGACCCAAGCAUGGAGUGCGAGGCGGAGGAGAGGAAUGUUACGCUGGGCUGGAGCAGAGAUGUGCUCGGGAACUGGCUGGCGGUGCUACAAACUGACGAACGCCAGCAGAUCCUCACGGUGAAGACGUGCAGGUCUGUUUACUUAGAAGAUUUGCAGCUCAGAGCCAUUAAUGGACAUUUGUAG